AGCCGUACAACUUUUUGGAUCCCUGCCAUGACAGCACCUGCCAUGCUGAUGCUGCCAAGUGCUGAAAGCGCUAUGCCACCGUGCUUUCCUGCACCAUGCAAAGCCGUGGCGCUCGGAAGGCGGACACCCUGCCGCGCUCGCUGCGGAUUGGAAGGGCAAGUUGUGGUGCCUGAGCCCUACUCCAGAUGGUUGCUGCGCUCCUGCACGCAAUUUUCCUUGAUGACCAUGGGUGCCGCUAUCCACAGGCGCUGGGGGUGCUGCCUCCUUUCCACAGUGGUGCUCUUUGCAGGACUGAACUACUGGCGCAGGGCCACCUUCGGCUGGCGUCGUUUCUGCGACAUGGCUGCGGUGACCGUCACCGUGCUGUACCACAGCAUGGUGGCCUUUGGUUUUCUGGGUCAUGGCCUGGCUGCCGACUCGCCCUUUGCGCUGCUGUGCCAGCCCCUGAGACCAUGGAUGGGUGUUGGUCCAUACAUCCCAGCCUUUGCUCCAACAGGAUAUGCUUUGAUGACCGUUUGCUUCGUGGGCAUGUACCUGAGAGCGAGGCAUUUCGCGGCGAGAAAGGAAUUUCACAAGAGCACACCCUGGCACUUGGCUGUGCAUGUAACGGGAAACUUUGGGAACUUGCUGAUGUAUCCCGGGCUCAAGCCAUAAUGCCUCCGAGUUGCGGAUCGCUUGAAAAACCGAGCGUUUGGCCAACAUGGGGGCACC